AUGGAGGCGGGCGCCCCGACCAUCAUCCCCAACGCGGAGGGCGCCCGCACCACGCCCAGCGUGGUCGCCUACUCCAAGAGCGGCGAGAUGCUGGUGGGGCAGAUCGCCAAGCGCCAGGCCGUGAUCAACCCCGAGAACACAUUCUACUCCGUCAAGCGCUUCGUGGGCCGCACGGCGUCCGAGAUCGAGGAGGAGCUCAAGGAGGUGUCCUACACGGUCUUGACGCAGGGCUCCAAGCUCAAGAUCGACUGCCCGAUCGCGGGCAAGCAGUUCGCACCGGAGGAGGUGUCCGCCCAGGUGCUCCGCAAGCUGGCCGCCGACGCGGGCAAGUACCUGAGCGCCACCGUCAGCAAGGCCGUCGUGACCGUCCCGGCCUACUUCAACGACUCCCAGCGCCAGGCCACCAAGGACGCCGGGAAGAUCGCCGGGCUGGAGGUGCUCCGCAUCGUGAACGAGCCCACCGCCGCGUCGCUGGCGUACGGCCUCGAGAAGAAGGACAACGAGACCAUCAUGGUCUUCGACCUCGGGGGCGGCACCUUCGACGUCUCCGUCCUCGAGGUCGGCGACGGCGUGUGCGAGGUGCUGUCCACCAACGGCGACACGCACCUGGGCGGCGACGACUUCGACAAGGUCAUCGUGGACUGGCUGGCGGACAGCUUCAAGGCCAAGGAGGGCAUCGAGCUGCUCAAAGACAAGCAGGCGCUGCAGCGCUUGACCGAGGCGGCCGAGAAGGCCAAGGUGGAGCUGUCGGGCGUGCAGGAGGCCAAGAUCUCCCUGCCGUUCAUCACCGCGGACGCGACCGGCCCCAAGCACAUCGAGGAGACCCUCUCGCGGGCGAAGUUCGAGCAGAUCGCGAGCACCCUGGUCAGCCGCUGCAAGGCCCCCGUCGAGAACGCCCUGAGGGACGCCAAGAUCUCCUCCUCAGACAUCAACGAGGUGGUCCUCGUGGGGGGCUCCAGCCGCAUCCCCGCCGUGCAGGAGCUGGUGACGAAGCUCGCUGGCGGCAAAGCCCCGAACCAGAGCGUGAACCCGGACGAGGUGGUGGCGGUGGGCGCCGCGGUGCAGGCCGGGGUUUUGGCAGGCGAGGUGAAGGACAUCGUGCUGCUCGACGUGACGCCGCUGUCCCUCGGCGUCGAGACCCUGGGCGGCGUGGCCACGGUCCUCAUCUCCCGGAACACGACCAUCCCCACCAAGAAGACCGAGGUCUUCUCCACGGCCGUGGACUCGCAGCCGUCCGUGGAGAUCGUCGUGCUGCAGGGCGAGCGCCAGUUUGCCAAGGACAACAAGAUCCUCGGCACGUUCCGGCUCGACGGGGUCCCGCCCGCUCCCCGCGGCGUGCCGCAGAUCGAGGUGACUUUCGACAUCGAUGCCAACGGAAUCCUGAACGUGGCUGCGAAGGACCGCGGCACGGGCAAGGAGCAGACCAUCACCAUCACUGGCUCCACCACACUCGACAAGAACGACGUCGACAGGAUGGUCAAGGAUGCCGAGGCCAACGCCGCCGAGGACGAGAAGCGCAAGGACUCCGUGGAGACCAAGAACCAGGCGGAGUCGCUCGUGUACCAGACGGAGAAGCAGCUGCAGGAGCUGGCGGACAAGGUGCCCGCGGACCUCAAGGCCUCCAUCGACCCGAAGCUGGCGGCCCUCAAGGAGAAGGUCGGCGAGGCGGAGCCCGACACUGAACUGCUGAAGAAGAUGACCAAGGACCUGCAGGACGAGCUCAUGAAGGUCGGCCAGGCGGCCUACGCGAACACCGGCGCCGCCCCAGCGCCCGAGGGCGGCGCCCCGCCCCCGCCGGGCGACGCCCCGCCGCCGCCCGGCGGCGCCGCGGGCAAGAAGCCCGACGACGUCAUCGACGUCGACGGCCAGUAG